AUGUCUGAUGCCAUUUUGAGAUGUGAUAAUACUAGGGUGUACCCCAUAGGCGAUGCGCAGCCGCAGCACCUGGCGGCUGUGGGAAAUGGACAAGGGUUGUUGUCUCAUAUGGGACGGGGACAACAUAAGAAGCGAGUCCCAUUAAGAGUGGGAAGUUGGAAUAUACGGACUAUGACAGAGAGAGGAGCUGAACUAGCAGAUACCCUAAGAAGAAGAAGAGUCAAUAUAGCAUGCUUGCAGGAGACAAAGUGGAAAGGGGCCAAAGCUAAAGAGAUUGUUAGGUGUAUUGAGUUCACGGGUUGGAUGUCACGCCAACUUAUGUCAAUCAAAACUUCCAAGAACUGUUUUCGUAUAUUGGAAGACAAGAGGAUUGACAUAGUCAUAGUCAAUAGAGUAAAUGAUAGAUUAAUAUUGGUGAAACUGAGUAUUGGAGAACUGAUAAUUAAUGUAAUCAGUGCAUAUGCUCUGCAAGUGGGUGUAGAUGCUGGAGUAAAAAAGCAAUUUUGGGAAGAUUUGGCUACGAUAAUGACAGAGAUACCGACAGAUGAAGAGAUAUUUAUUGGAGCAGACUUUAACGGGCAUGUGGGAAAAAAUAAUGCUGGUUAUGAGAGAGUACAUGGAGGCAAAGGAUUUGGUGGUAGAAAUUUCGAAGCAGCGUGUGUUUUGCAAAUGGCCACCGCCUAUGAUUUAGUAGUGGUUAGCACUUAUUUUGAUAAAUGUGAAGAACAUUUAAUAAUUUAUAACAGCAGGGAUCAUAAAUCACAAAUAGACUACCUAUUAACAAGAUGGACUACUCUAAAGAGGAUUAAGGACUGUAAAGUGAUACCAGGAGACGACUUGACUAGUCAGCAUAGAUUCUUAGUAAUGGAAUUAAAUAAAAUGAAAAAUGGGAAAUCAGUGGGCCCGGAUUAUAUACCAAUAGAGAUAUGGAAAGUCCUAGGAGAGGAGGGAAGAGACUGGAUGGGAAUGGAUUAA